AUGGCUAGAAGAUAUGAUAGUAGAACAACUACCUUUUCUCCAGAAGGAAGGUUAUAUCAAGUAGAAUAUGCUUUGGAAGCCAUAAAUAAUGCAAGUAUAACAAUUGGAUUAAUAACAAAAGAUGGAGUAAUAUUAGGAGCUGAUAAAGUUUUUAUAUCAAAAUUAAUUGAUAAAGCUAAUAAUUAUGAAAAAAUAUAUAAAAUUGAUAAACAUAUAUUUUGUGGUGUAGCAGGAUUAAAUGCAGACGCUAAUAUUUUAAUAAAUCAAUCUAGAUUAUAUGCACAAAGAUAUUUAUAUAAUUACAAUGAAGUACAACCAGUAUCACAAUUAGUAGUUCAAAUUUGUGAUAUCAAGCAAAGUUACACACAAUAUGGUGGAUUAAGACCAUAUGGUGUUAGCUUUUUAAUUGGGGGUUAUGAUACAAAAGAUGGAUAUCAACUUUAUCAUACUGAUCCAAGUGGAAAUUAUUCAGGAUGGUUUGCAACAGCUAUUGGUACAAAUAACUUAACAGCUAGUUCUGUUCUUAAACAGGAAUGGAAAAAUGAUAUGACUUUGGAAGAAGGUUUGUUAUUAGCUUUAAAAACAUUAGCAAAAAGUACUGAUACGGAAAUUCCGAAAAGUGAGAAAAUCGAAUUAGCAUACUUAACCUAUAAAGAUGGGGAAGUAUAUCAAAAAUAUUUAACAGAAAAAGAAAUAGAAGAGUUAAUUAAGUUGUAUACACAGAAAUAUGUUAAAGAAUAA